AUGGCCACGGCCGAAAAGGAAAAGAAGGCUGACCUUGACUUUGUGUCAGCCCGAGACUCCUACAUCCCCUUGUUCGAUGGAACCUUGAGUGGUUACCGUGAAUGGCGCAAGAGGAUUCUCAUUUACUACAAAAAGAUGUGUUUGAGCAAGCGCCAAGGCGAGGCCAUUCUCAACUUGCUUGGUUCGCUAAGCGGCACCGCUUGGAAACUAUGCGAGGAUUUUGACAUCGAACAAGCAGAGAACGACAAAGCACUGGAUCACAUCCUGACCCGCCUUGAUUCUACCUUUCGCUAUGAUAGCAAGGUUGAGCUUCCUGCGGACUUUUCCGCAUACUUUGAGCACCUCCAACGGCGGCAGGAUCAGACGCUCCUCCAGUUUGUGACCGACCAUGAUGACAAGUUGAAACAAGUUGAGAAGCACGGAGUGAAACUUCCGGACACCGUGCAAGGCUGGCACCUCCUGGCCAAAUCUGGCCUGACUCGUGAGCAAAAGCAGAUGCUCAUGACGCAAUCUGCGUUCCUUGAACGUGCAAAAACCCAACAAGCUAUGUAUGCAAUCCUGGGUCAAGACUACAAAGGUGGCGGACAGUCUGUUAACAGUCGUUGGCAGCGCCCCUUCAACUCGACCGGCAAGGGUCGAGGCUACUUCGCUGGUGAGGACAACGCAGUUGACCUCACUUGGGACAACCCAUCCGUUGAGUGGGAACCCGAGGAUGAGGGCACCUACUACCUUGACGAUGAGCAGGAAUACCUCCUGGCUCUCACGGACACCUUCGACAGCGAUCAGUUGUCAAUGGAGCCAAGCUUCGACCUACAGCUUGAAGAAACUCUUGGCGAUCCCGGCACCUUCGACGACUUUCUCACUGAAGAGCACAUCUACCAGGUUACAUUUCAGAAGCCCGAGAAACCAGAGACCUUCCAGCAGCAGCGCAUGCGUCUUGAUCGACAGGAAACUAUGUCCUUUGGUCCACAACGAACAGCACGUGCUUCAAUGACUCCCUACAUGAAGCCACCUCAGCCAGAGAAUGCCGAGACAGUCUUUGAAAUGGAGGAUCUUGAUGCAGAUUCCCUUCCACCUGGAUGGAUCUUUCAGAAGGACACCAAGACCUUGGAAUUGAAGAGCUCCUUAAAAGACUUCCGGGAAAUCAAAAGUGGAUCCAAUCCUCACUCGGUGACGAACCACUUCAAAACCGAGAACAUCUUCAAAAGCACCAAGAACUCCAAGAACGCUGAGAAUAGCGACAUCACCUUGCGCUAUAAGCCCUUCGAGUCCAUUCACUCUUGGCAAGACCUCAGCAAGGUCAAAGCUGUAUUGGCUGGUAACCAUUUCAUCCAGGCCUUGGACGUUGACACAUGCCCUGUUGAGCAAGAAUAUUUUUGGUCGCCUUUGACUGUACUCUGCACGCUCCUCAUGCUCUUCUCAGCGAUUCUGAGCUUUGCUACCUACAAGUUUGGCAGGUUCCUCGAGCGCCGCCAUUGGCGCAACUUGGUCAACACCCGAAUCCGGGUGACGGCAGGUCGGCAUGAGAGGCAUGAGCAGGCCCUGAGGGACCAGCUGAGAGAUCUUCAUCUCCAACAUAUGGAGAAGGUUUGUGAGCUCGAAGAGCGCCUUGCAGAGCUGAUCGCGCGCAACCAAUUUUAG